CUAUAUCUAUAAAAUAAGGAUUGAUUUAUCUCGGGAGCUCUCCCUGACCUUUUUUUUUAUUUAUUUGGGGAGUUUUUUUUCCCUGUGAAAGAUUAUUAUGGCUAAAACUCCGAGUAAAAGCGGCGGUUUGAGGACUGGCAGGAGUUUCCUGGAUGAGCUGCGGCACUUUCACAGGAGUAAAGGGACAUCCUUUAGAAAGAUCCCAAUAAUCGGAGGGAGAGAGUUGGAUUUGAGUGCUUUAUACAGCAGAGUCACCUCACUCGGGGGAUUCGCCAAGGUAACAGAUAAGGGUCUGUGGACAGAUCUUUUGGAAGAAUUCAACUUUCCAAGAGGUUGCGCCAAUGCAGCUUUUGCUUUGAAGCAGUACUACCUGAGGUACCUGGAGAGUUAUGAGAAGUUGCAUCAUUUUGGUGAGGAUGAUGAAGUACUUACCCCGACCAAUUCUCGACCACAGGGUGUCGUCUCUGGGGUUCAUUUGUUUUAUAAUCGACAUCAGCACAUCAUCCCAGAAAGUGUACGUCGGGGUUAUGGGCUUUUUACAGAAUUUACCACAAUCAGUGAUUAUAAUAAAGUGGUGUUGUCUUUACUUUCGGGACUUCCAAAUGAAGUGGACUUUGCAAUCAACGUAUGUACGCUUAUGUCACAUGGGAACAAACAAGUACUGCAAAUGGAAAAAGACCCAAAGGUGGUUACACUGCUGCUUGCACAUGCUGGGAUUUUUGACGAUAGUCCAGGGACCUACUUGAAUGUAUAUGAAUCAGAAUGGAAAGUUAAAUCUGGAAGAGACUUCAUAAAGUUUUGGAAAGAGACAGUUGACGACCAUGAAGUACGAGAGCUUAUUGGAGACAAAAGUCAAAAAUCUAAAGAAGCUGCUAGCGAUGAUCGAUGGGACUCUGUCUUGUUCCACCCUCCACAGAAAUUGGGCAUUGAUGACCUGGAAGGGCAAAGGGUCCUGCAGAUAGCUGUUAUUAUCCACAAUCUGUCCUUGGAAGAAGGAAAUGCCAAGCUGCUAGCUAACCGAACGUGCCUGCGCUUUCUGCUGUUGUGUGCUCACAAUAGACACGUCUCACUUAAGCAAAUGGGGCUGGACACACUGGGAAAUGUUAUGGCCGAGCUGCAGUUGGAUCCAAUUGACUUCCAAAGUACCCAGGUGAUUUUUCACACCAUUACAAAAUGUCUUUUCUCUUCGGAUAAGUGGUUUCGAAUUAGAGGAAUGGAAAUCUUAGCUAAUCUUUGUAAAAUUGAAGAGAAUGUUGAUAUCAUCUGUGAGUGUGUGGAACAGGAGGCCUAUCGAGAGAUUGUGAACCAUUUGUCUCUCCAAGAUAUCUUGCUGUUAUUGGCCAGCCUGGAAGCUCUGUAUAUGUUAUCGAGUCUGGGAGAGGUGACUUGCACCAAGAUUAUCAAAGUGGAGAGAAGUAUUGAUCAGCUUGUUUGCCUAGUUUCUGUGGACAUGCAGAACUUUCCUCCUGAUGCACUAGCUGCAGUCAAGUUAGUAGAACAGCAGAGCAUUCUUCAGCAGCCAACACCUGAGACCACUCGAUCAGUCACAACCGAAAAUGUUUCAAAUCAGAGCACCCCUGUAACAGCAUCAAGGCCUCUUGGAGUUCCCUCUGCCAGCCUGUUGGAAGCAGAUAGUGAGACAUUUACAUGCCAGUGGUUGAAUGCCAACUUUGAAGAAAGUGCAGAUAGUUCAAUCUACCGAGUAGACCUAUACUCUGAGUACCUGUCCCUGUGCAGCAAACUUGGGAGCAGUGGUAUUCUAACAUCUACAGGGUUCACCAAAUGUCUCCGAUUGACUUUUCCUAACCACACAAUAAAGAAGAUUGAAGAUGCUGGUGCUAAUGGGCAAUCACAAUUUCAUGUGGUUGGGAUCAAGCGUAGAGUUGUACCUCUUCCUGUUGGAACAUUUCAACAAGAACAGCAAACACCAAAUAAUUCCUUUGUCACAGUGAAAGCAAGCUCUGCUUCCAGUACAACAGUGAAUUCCAUUGCUGUUGGAAUGACGGUAUCUAGCCCAACUGUUCAAAUGCACAGAGCCCUCACAUCUACAAGUCAACCAGUCACACAAAUCCUCUACACAACUCAGACCCAGAACAUAAGCCAGCUGCCUCCUGGAAUAAGUACUCCCGCCCAGCAACAUCAAUACUGUACAAUUGCAAGCAAGGUGCCCAUAGCCACUGGAGGGAUACAAGCUAGUACUAUCCAAGCGACUACUGUUCAUCCAAAUUUCCAUUCUGCAGUAACAACAGUUGUUCCUGGGAAUACUGUAAUGCAAAUGGCAGCAACCAAAGUCACCACAGCAGUGCAGCUGCCCACUGUGACCACCUCUGUUCAUCUUCCUCAUAUUGCAGUUACUCACCAAUCCCUUGCUGGACAUCAGUCUGUCUGUUCAACGACAACAGUUCCUGUUCUCCGUCAAACACUGCCUAAUGCACAGUUUGCUUCACGAAUACACCCUAUUACAAGUGCUGCCAUAGUUUCUCAAGGACAGCUUAUCCAACCUCCCACUGCCCAACCUGUGCAAGUGCAUCUUCAGUACACGGCAGCUCCCACUGCUGUUGUAUCUGCCACUGCUGUCCAGCUGCCAAGCAGUCAGCCUUUUACGAUAGGCAGCCACAACGCUGUUUCUUCUCAGACGUUUCAAAAUAUUAGUCCAACACCAUUGACUAUUGUCAGUAAUUCCACCCAACAACAAGCCCAGCAAAGUGUCCAAGUGAUAGUUGGACAUCAAGGUCAAGUUUACCCUGCUAGUUUUCAUCAGAUUGUGCUAACAAAUCAAGGUGGAAUUUCUUCAGCCCAAUUGCCACCACCCACCCUAGUGAACACCAGUACCUGUGGGCCAGUGCUUUCUGUUCAACAGUCUCCCAUUCAAGUUCAUGUUCAACAGCCUUCCGUAGGAAGCACUCAAUGCAGUACUAGUGAAACCAGUGUAAUUAAACAGUUACUACUUCCAAAACCACCACCUCAUUCCCAAGCAGGUAAAAUCCUACUUCCUGUCCCUCAAGUGUCAUCUUCAGUUACCAGGGCUCAAAGUCCACAGGUUGUUUAUCAAAUGAUGGCCAACACUGUACCUAGUGGUAGUGUUCAAACCCAGUCUCAGCUGGUUGUAAGCCAGUCAAACUUACAAAUCCUACAGCCACACGGAGGCCUACAAACUGUACAAAUUAUUCCUGGCCAAUUUAUUUCUACCACCAGCCCCAGCACUAUUCUCCAGGGAUCACCUCUCAACCAACAAGUUACUGUCACUGUUGUACCGAAUACCAAUUUAACCAACACACAUGUGACACAAGUAAAUACAAAUCCUGUGAACAGUAUUUCUGGAGAACACAGUGCAAAGCCGGUCAUCAGUACCCAUGUUAUCCAGUCAUCACAUGUUCCAUUCAACCAAAGCAACACAAAAAUCGAUGAGUUUGAAGGAGAGAAAAACAUUGGUCAGAAAGCUGAAGAUGCUACAAAAAUGCUCAGUUCUCAACCUCAAGAACAAACUAUUGGACUGAUCGAAAAUUCUUUCUUGGGUAAUGCUUACAGUGCAAGCAAUGGACACCUAAAUGGAAAAGUUGUUCAGACUGGGAUGCUACUUAAUGGGGAAAGUAGGAAGGAGAACCCCAGCUCAGGGAUGAAUCAUUGUGGUUUCAUGGAAAAAGCAUCAUCUUUCCAAGACUCAAAAGCUGGCAGUGGAGCAAACUUGACAAAUGGGGAUCAGAUUUUAGAUAAACCUGGUGCAGCAGAGAUGAAAAAUGUUUUAAAAAGGCCUUUGAUGAAUGGAGACUCUGAUUUUGCUAAAGGUGAUCGUUCACACAUAGGGAAGGAUGUUCCUAAUGAGAAAUCUGUCACACCUAACCAUUUAGGGAAUGGCGAGAUUCUUAAUCAAGAGCACCAGGAUGCAAAGUGUCACCCGGAUGGUGAGAAUAGUCAAUCGGGAAAAAUGUGCAAUGGACCUUCUUCAAUUUCCAAUGUGAAAUCACAUGCACACACUACAGUAAUAGUACCAAAUCCUACAGUUCAGCAAGCACACAGGAACUCUGUAUUAACAAGUGGAACUGCAGCAGUCACUUUUAAUGUUACUUUGCCUCAGUCUCAACAUAAUGGCAAUAUUGUUGUACAGUCCAAUCCUAUAGAAUCUUCACAAAUGAUCAUCUGUCAGAGCAACAGUACACUUUCUGCUUCAAAGCUUUCCCCAAGCGAAGCUCAGUCAUGUCGACAAGCCAUCAAAAGGCCUGGUGAUGACACAGCUGGUGUUUCCAUGGCGGGUAUCCCAAAUAAAGUAGGAGUGAGGAUUAUGACCGUUAGCGAUCCAACAAAAGCUGGGAGCAACACCAUGAUGGUAGCUGUCCCUGCUGGAGCAACCAUUAAUACAGCAACAAUAGCAGGGGUUCCUAAAGUGGGUUCUCCUGCUCCGUUGUCCAGUCAGCAGACAGUAACCCAGCACCUGCAUUCACAACUUUCCCCAACAGUGGAGCAGUAUACAGGGCCCCAGAGCUCUCAGGUACCACUGUCACCUGCAGAAACAGAGUCUACCAGGAAACCCAGCCAGAGUUUCAUGUGUCUUUGGAAAAAUUGUAAGAGGUGGUUUGAGACACCUUCCCAAGUGUUUUACCAUGCAGCUACUGAGCAUGGUGGAAAAGAUGUGUAUCAGGGUCAAUGUAUGUGGGAGGGCUGUGAGCCACUUCCUCGACAAAGGCUUUCAUUCAUCACACACCUGCAGGACAAACACUGUUCAAGAGAAACGCUGCUUAUUGGACUGAAGAGAUUGGAGCAGAAAGCACAAACAAGCACCUCUCAAACUGCAGUAAGGCAGUCUCCAUCAGAUGGUACAGCUCCGACACCCAAGUCUCACAAGGCCUUGGUCAAUCACCCCAGUGCUGCGCUAAUGGCUCUGAGGAAAGGCUCCCGCAAUCUUAAUUUUAGAAAUUACUUGGAUGAGAAAGAAGGGCCAAUUGUGAAGCAUAUUCGUUUGACUUCUGCCUUAAUUUUGAAGAAUGUUGCUAGAUACUCAGAACUUGGGCGAAUGUUGCUGAAGCGUCAUGAGAACCACCUUUCAGUACUGGCCAUAAGUGGUAUGGAGGCUUCCACUGCACUUGCUAAAUGCCUUUAUGAACUCAACUCGCAUGAACAAUCAGAGUCAACAGAAAACAAACGCUGAGGAAAAAUGUGAUAUGAUUAAAAUCCAGCGACAGUUAACAAGGGUCAGGAGGAAAUGCAAUCAUUGUGCAGAUGAAGAACUGGAACCUUACUGUCUACAUUUUGUACCUGUUUACUAUAACAUGAAAUUAGAAGGACUGAUCUUUUUAAAUUAUUGAUUUUGCAGGAAUGUCCCUGUUAUACCAGAGACAAACUUCCUGCAACACCUUUAGUGUCUCAUCUCGCUCCGACAGACAGAAGGUUUUGUGACACCAGAAGAAGUGAUCAAUCCAAAAACAAGAACAUUAGCCUGGUCACCCAUACACUGUGGCAUACUCUCUCACGCACACACACUUUCACAUAUUCAUACUUUCUCCCACUCUCGUAAACUGGCUCACACUCACAUGCACACAACUCAGUUACAUGCACAAAUUCUCUCUCUCUCGCACAUUAGUCAUUCACAGUCGCAUACUAAAGAACUGAAUAGAAAAACUACUGGGAAUGGUCUCCUGGCACCUGUGAAGCUUUGCAGUUAGUCUAGGCACCUGCCUCAGUGAGACUUCAAUUCCAGUCACUAUUCUUCCUAUGAGAGAGAUCUCUGAUUUUAUUAAAAACAUGCCCAAGGAUAGUAUAUAAUUUUUUCCAUCUAUUUAUAAAAGAAAAUUUCAUUUAUAUUUCAUUUCCCUGUGUAUUUUUUUUAAAAGUUACGAAUUAAUUCCAUAUCGGACUACCAAUCAAAACUGCUCAUUGGGUAGGUCUCUAUGCCCUGAAAUCCUGCAAAAAGCCUAGUUGGCUGUGAAUUGAUCCUUGUUUUUAGGGCUAGAGACCCUCUGCUUUCUGCCAGAGAAUAGUUUCCAGCUUUCAGAUAUCAGUUUUGCAGUUAACAUUUACGGUUUGAAAAGCUGCAAACUGCACAACACUUGAAGUUUUUCCCACUUGUCCCCUGUUUGAAGUGGUGCAUUUUCCAUUAUUUAUUAUAUGUAAACUAUCAGAUUUGAUGUCCCCUUUUCGGAGUCUUGUAAAUAUUUGUGAAUAUCAAAAAUGCCUACAUACCAUUGCAGGAGAAUGAAGGGAAGAGAGAUGCAGCAUUGCAAGGAGUGAAAUCUGGGUGAGCGCUGGGCUAGAACCCAAAUUAGCCACAGGACAGAAACAUGGGUGUCUUUCCAGCCAUGGCUGUAAAGAUCCACAAAUAUGGCAGCUUUGUCCAGUUGUAGUACCAACUUUGUGCCACUAGAUGUUGCCAGCUUUGAAAAUGUGACAUCACAGACAUUAACAAAGCUUAUCUGGUGGAGUUAGUGACAUAGCAACGAUUUCACCGUUACUGUCGACACUUGUUAAUUGGGACAUCAGGGUGAAAUUUAAAUCGUCAUAUUUAUAAAAAUAUUUUGCUUCAGAAGGGACAAUCAGUACAGAUCUAAAUGUGUGGAAUCAAUUGGUGCCUGAGAAAAUAUUCCAUGUGAAAAGAAAAUAUUCCCAUUAACCCUUGUCCCCAUUAAUAGCGUGAAUUUCAUUUUGUCUUGGCACCUUUUUUUUUGGUCAGCUUACAUUCAUUGCACCAAUGGCUAACGUGAAGAGUAAGCGCCCACCUAGAAUCAAAGGAUCUAGUUUUUGUAUGUUACCUGCCAUAUGUAUGUAAAAGCAUAUACAUAAAACACUGCAUCAAGCAGCGUGGAACUGUGUACAUAACUUCACAAAGGUACUGAUGCUGUAUAAUAAGAUUGGCACAGUUUUGUGCAGCUGUGGUUUUUGUAUUAUACACCAUGUAAAGCUUUUGCUUGUUAUGAAAUAAUAUAUCGCAUCAUUUUUCUAUAAAAGGUAAAAAUUCCAAGACAAUUUAAAAAAAAAAAACUGUUACAGCAUUUUUCCUGAGAUUAGGGCCCAUUUUAGACAACCUUUAGUCGCAGCACAACCUUCAGAACUUGUAUAGGAAUUUUUUUUUAAUUUGUAAAUGUAUUUAAAUACAUGACGUUUUAUACAGCUUUAUUUUCACCUGUGUUAUAUUUGUAAUUUGUGUAGGUGUGAUAUUUCCCUUGUUAUUCCUUUGUUCCGUUUUUCUACCCGUGACAUAUUAAAGUGUUUUUUAGUGUACAGUA